UGUCAUCACGCUCCAUGCCAACAAAAAGAUCUAACAAAGCCAGACGCCAUCCUCAACCCCGAAUGGGACCCAAUCGAGUUCGAUCCCGACGGAGAACAAAUCGAAAUCUUGCGCCAGCCCAUCGAGUGCAUUCGAGCCAUAUGCCUGAGACCCCGCAGACUGAAUAGUUCAAACAGGUGGACCUUUUUUCUGUCCACGUCCGAGGAAAACAAGACGGCGAUAAGGCUUCAUUGUCAACCAACCUACGAUCGUGAAACCACUGUCCUUGAAAAUGGGUCUAAAGCCAGUAUUGUAUUUCAAAAAACAGCAACCCUGGUCCCAUCCAAUGGGCAAUUGACCUUCAUUUUGAGCGUGAACCCCGGAUUCACGGUGAAGAAUAUCCACGAGAUCAUCGUUGCGAACAACCGACACAAAUACGAGAUUGAUAACGAUGGCUGGUAUGAUGAGGUCGCAUUAGUGAAUGAUGGAAUCCAGAAAAGAUGGCCGGGGGAGUUUCCCGACCCGCUCCAGACGGGAACUUACUAUGGGUCGCGAUCCGAUCUCGAAAGCCUCAUCAUAAAUCUCGCUCAGGGUGCAGAAAUUUGUGAUGAAAAGAAACCAGCAUGCUCCAAAUGCAUCCAUCAUGCUAUUGAGUGCGACUUCGUCUCGACAUCAGCUAUAUCAUCAAUUUCAUCCUCUUCAGCACCAUCCCCAUCCAGACCUUCAAAACAGCAAUUUCGAUUCAAGCCUUCUGAAUACCAAUCUGGGGAAUGCAAGCCCAAACAUGCAACAGGCCAGCCAUCUUCGCAGACAGUCUCGACGGAAGUCCACCACAAAAGCGCCAGCGCCUUAUCACAGAGUCAGGAUACCUUGUCAUUUGCGGACCUACAACUCUUCCACCACUUUGUCACAGAGACAUACCGCACUUUAACAGACGAAACAACUGACCACAAUCGCGUUUGGCAAACUCACCUUCCGCAAUGGGGAUUCUCCUCGCCGUCUAUCUUCCACCUCAUAUUAUCGCUGGCAGCCUUGCAUCUGGGCUAUCUCCACCCCGAGGUACGAGACCAGUAUGUGAUGCAGGCAGAUGACCACUUCACGUUUGGCAUUCGAUCUGUGUCUGCUAUUCUAUCGAGUCUGGACUCGGGUAACUGUCAGUCGAUCUACAUGUCGACAGUGUUGAUAUGUUUCGUCUAUUUUGCACACGGUCCAAAACCCGGUGAAUACCUUGUGUUCAGUGAGACGGGGAAGGCUGAAUGGCUCGUUCUUAUGAGAGGAGUGAGAUCGAUUUUGAUGUCUAGCCAUGACAAAAUCUUUACCGGAAUCUUACAGAUUCAACCGGAUCCUGCAAUUCGGGGCGUCAGCCCGUUGUUACAAGAUGAGCUCCAGGAACAUCAGUCUCAUAUUAAAAAAAUUCAACAUUUUAUCGAAACGCAAACCGGCGGGAGUUCCAUGGGUCAGAUCGACGUCGAUGCACUUGAAAACCUGCUCGAAAUGUUUGAGAAAGCAUAUCAGUGCCGAAGCGCUGGGAAGGAUGGUGUUGUCUUGAUGCCCUUUGUCGUUGGAUGGAUAUAUAGACGUCCGGAGGAGUUUAUCGGUCUUCUGGAGGAGAAGGAGCCACUCUCAUUGAUUAUCCUUACUUAUUGGUGUAUUCUUUUGAAGUUCAUGAGAUCCUCAUGGCUUAUGAUCGCUUGGGAUCGGCAUGUCAUCACAGGAAUUCGGGAGUCUCUAGGACUGGAAUUUCACCAAUGGAUUGAGUGGCCUGUGAGUGUGAUUUGCGAUUGA